AUGGCCUCUGACCAAGAGAACGGACACGAACGUACACCUCUACUCCACCAGAAUCGAUUGUUACAGCUUCAACACGAGCAAGAUGAAGAGGCUUCGUCAAUCAUCGCAUCCACUGUGACAAAAGAAGAACAGCAGUUAGCAGGAAGUACAGUUGGAGAACGAUUACCGUAUAACGACUAUACUACAAUCGACUGGCUACACGAUCUGGUAAAAGACUCCUACCGCUUCCGUCACAUGCAAUCCCGACGCGGUAUCCGCUUCAAGUCGCUCGCUCUCUUCGACGCCUGCUCAGGAUGGAUCGCAGUCGUGGUCGUCGGCGCACUUACUGCGUGCAUCGCUUUCCUUGUUGACAUCGCCGUUGCCACUAUUUCAGACUGGAAAGUCGGGUAUUGCUCCGGCCACGCAUUCCGGAACCGGGAAGCCUGCUGUGCUGAAAGCAAAUCCUCGCUUUCCUUUCGUGGCAAUGGGGUUGAAGAGUGUGAGAAGUGGCAUGCAUGGACCGAUGACUACACAUUUAGUUUCGCCAUCUACGUCGCCAUGGCACUGGGUUUUGGUAUCAUCAGCUCAAGCGCGACUAUGUUGACUAAAACUGCUCUUCCGUCUGCUUCAGAUGGCUCCCAUUCGACCAAGAGCGACGACAUUCCAACCACAUCCAUAACCUCUCCUCCUCAAGGCAAAGUAAUGUACAUGGCCUCGGGCUCCGGCAUCCCCGAAAUAAAAACAAUCCUAUCUGGUUUCUCUAUCCCUUCCUUCCUGUCUUUCCGCGUCCUCCUUGUCAAAGCCUUUGGCGCCAUUUUCGCCGUAUCAACCGGUAUGUGUCUCGGCAAAGAAGGACCCUUUGUCCACAUAUCUACUUGCGUGGGUUACCUAGUUGGCCGCCUUUUCCCCAAAUAUAAGGGCAAUGGACGGAAAAUGCGCGAGUUGCUUAGUGCAGCCUGUAGCUCUGGUCUGUCUGUAGCGUUUGGCGCACCUAUUGGCGGGGUGCUUUUCUCUUAUGAGGAGAUAUCGACCUAUUUCCCUAGAAAAGUGUUGUGGAGGGCGUUCCUUUGCAGUCUUACCGCGGCCAUGGUACUCAAAGAACUCAAUCCUACGGGAACAGGCAAACUGGUGCUUUUCGAAUCCAACUUUGGGACAGAGUAUCAGGCUAUUCAUUACCUUGUUUUUGUACUACUGGGUGUAGCGGGCGGUGUCUUCGGUGGUCUAUUUUGCAAGUUCAAUUUCCUGUGGUCAAAAUGGUUUAGGUCCUUUGGGCUUAUCAAACGAUAUCCUGUGCUAGAGGUAGCUUUGGUGGUCUUUGCGACUGCGCUUCUUCAGUACCCUAAUCCGCUGACGAGGGAACCGGGGGACGUUAUUAUUAAGAAUCUGCUUGUGGAUUGUGGUGAUGAUACAUCAAGGACCUCUUGGGUCUGUCGGAAUGAAAGUGUUGGCAUGGUGGGAGAGGGAAAGACGAAUUGGAAGUACGUGGGUUGGCUCACCUACGGUACCCUCGCCAAACUCGUCCUUACUACCGUAACGUUUGGUAUCAAAGUCCCCUCCGGUGUCAUCAUCCCCGCGCUCGACGCUGGGGCUUUCUUCGGACGGCUAGUAGGACAAAGUAUCAGUUCGAUAAGUCCAGGUAUCUUUGCCAUGGUAGGCGCUGCGGCGUUCUUGGCUGGUGUAUCACGUAUGACUAUCUCACUCGCUGUUAUCGUAAGUGCCUUUUCUCCCCUCUUUUCCCAUCAUGUCUCUCUCGUCAAAGAUGCUUACCCACUAAUACCACAAAAGAUGUUCGAGCUAACCGGCCAACUCUCCUACACCCUUCCCUCCAUGCUCGCCAUCCUAAUCGCCAAAUGGACCGCUGACGCAAUCUCAACAGAAGGUGUCUACGACCUCGCUCAAACACUUCUUUCCCACCCCUUUCUAGACCCAGAUACCGCUCUUUCCAUCGUCCGGCGACACAAAGCUUGCGUCGAGGUUCUCAUUCCGCCUCGACGCACAAUGUCUGACAUCACCGUCUUGGUUCCUGCAAGCAAUAAAGUAGCAUUGCAUGUGUUGAAGGGGAAGCUAGGUGCGUUGAGAGAAAGGGGACUCAUGGAUGCUGGUCUUGUUCUUGUACAGAAAAACAACGGUGGUGAGGGUGUCGAGGUACUGCAGGGUUAUAUUUCGCAGUCUGAGCUGGAGUUUGGAUUGACAAAACUCGUUCCUAGUGCGCUCGUGUCGACGCAGGAGCAUGUCCAGGUUAGAUUACUCGGUCACGAGGUUGAUGAGCCAACGAGUCCAGCGACGUUGGAGAUGGAUUUGACGCCAUUUGUGGACCGGACGCCGUUGACUGUUUGUGCGAAAGCGCCACUGGAAUAUGCCGUCGAGAUGUUUGCCAGGUUGGGGUUGAGAUACCUGAUGGUGACGGAGGAAGGUACGGGACGACUGGUGGGUGUGGUCAUCAAGAAGAGACUUGUGGGUUACCUUGAACAUCUUAGGGAACAUGGAGACAAGGACGAAUAA